AUGGUUUCUGCCAAGAAGGUACCCGCGAUCGCGACGUCCUUCGGGGUCAGUUUCGCCCUCCUGCACAUCCUGUGCCUGGAGGCUUGUUUAAACGAAUCCCCAGGACAGAACCAAAAUGAGGAUAAAUUAUGCCCGGAAAAUUUUACCCGCAUCCUGGACAGUUUACUCGAUGGUUAUGACAACAGGCUGCGUCCUGGAUUUGGGGGUCCGGUUACAGAAGUAAAAACUGACAUAUACGUCACCAGCUUUGGACCUGUUUCUGAUGUUGAAAUGGAGUACACGAUGGACGUGUUCUUCCGACAGACAUGGAUUGACAAAAGACUAAAAUACGACGGGCCCAUUGAAAUUUUGAGAUUGAAUAACAUGAUGGUAACAAAAGUAUGGACCCCUGACACUUUCUUCAGGAAUGGGAAGAAAUCUGUCUCACACAAUAUGACAGCUCCAAAUAAGCUUUUUAGAAUUAUGAGAAAUGGCACUAUUUUAUACACAAUGAGACUCACCAUAAGUGCGGAGUGUCCCAUGAGAUUGGUGGAUUUUCCCAUGGAUGGUCAUGCAUGCCCUUUGAAAUUUGGGAGUUAUGCUUACCCGAAGAGUGAGAUGAUUUAUACCUGGACAAAAGGUCCUGAGAAGUCAGUGGAAGUUCCGAAGGAGUCCUCCAGCUUAGUCCAAUAUGACUUGAUCGGGCAAACUGUAUCAAGUGAAACCAUCAAAUCCAUUACGGGUGAAUAUAUUGUUAUGACAGUUUACUUCCACCUCAGACGGAAGAUGGGUUAUUUUAUGAUCCAGACGUACAUUCCAUGUAUUAUGACAGUGAUUCUUUCGCAAGUUUCCUUCUGGAUAAAUAAGGAAUCAGUUCCAGCUAGGACUGUAUUUGGAAUAACCACAGUCCUCACCAUGACCACACUGAGCAUCAGUGCCCGGCACUCUUUGCCUAAAGUGUCCUAUGCUACUGCCAUGGAUUGGUUCAUAGCUGUCUGCUUUGCUUUUGUAUUUUCCGCCCUUAUCGAGUUUGCUGCUGUCAAUUAUUUUACCAAUGUUCAAAUGGAAAAGGCCAAAAAGAAGAAAUCUAAAGCUCUCCAGGAAAUUCCAGCUGGUCCAGUGCAGAAAGAAAAGCAUCCUGAAGCACCUCUGCAGAACACAAAUGCCAAUCUGAACAUGAGGAAAAGAACAAAUGCCUUGGUUCACUCUGAAUCUGACAUUGGCAUCAAAACUGAGGUAGGAAACCAUUCGAACAGAUCUUCUGUGGUUGUCCAAGGAUCUUCUGAAGCCACAUCGCAGUCUUACUUAGCUUCCAGUCCAAACCCGUUCAGCCAUGCGAAUGCAGCUGAAACUAUAUCUGCUGCAAGAGCACUUCCAUCUGCUUCUUUUUCUACUCCUAGUAGAACUGGGUAUGUGCCCCGGCAAGCUUCAGUAGGAUCUGCUUUUACCCAUCAUGUGUUUGGAUCAAGACUGGAGCGAAUUAAGACCACAGUUAAUACCAUAGGGGCUUCUGGGAAGUUGUCAGCCGCCACUCCUCCUUCUGCGCCACCACCUUCUGGAUCUGGCACAAGUAAAAUAGACAAAUAUGCUCGCAUCCUCUUUCCAGUAACCUUUGGGGCAUUUAACAUGGUAUAUUGGGUUGUUUAUUUAUCUAAGGACACUAUGGAGAAAUCAGAAAGUCUGAUGUAA